AUGUCCUCCCUCAGAUCCCUCCUCUUUCUCAGUCUCUUCUCCCUCCUCCAAUACCAUGCUUCUCUCGCCCUUGCCCUACCCGCUACCACAACCACCACAACCACCGACAACGACAUCCUUGCCCCCAGCUUAAACACCCCCAACGACCCAAACUUCGACCUCAAUAACCCCGUCCUCAACUCCAACUACAAACCCAACGUAACCGAAUUCAGCACCACCGACCAUCUCCUUGACGACGUGACACUCAUCUGCCCUUCCCCCCGCGCCCCUCAGUUCGGAUCCACCUCCGGUGCCUGGAAGGUUCUCAACCAUCUCAAGACACUGGACAACAACGGUCCGCCUCUCCCUGGAGCUUUUGAGCAUGCGGAUGGGUGUAGACGGAUGAUGGGAUGUGAGGAGGGGUUGGGUGUGUUUUGGUGUGUUGGGGAUGCUGAUGGCUAA